CGAGUUUCACUUUUGGGUCAAGCAGGCUGCAUUGUACAAGGAGGAGUUUCUAUUCUGAUGAACCUCAAGUCGUCCACAAGUCGUCCAACAGACGCCGUCAAUUUGAACAAUAUAACCACUUUUUCUGUUUCAGGUUCUGGGUGGGGUCAGUGCUAUGCCCAAGCCUGGUUGACAGCUGGUAAGAAUGGGUGGCCAACCAAGCGUCCUGCAGCAACACGGUUUCACUCUAGUGAGACAGGAGGGCGGGGCCAGCCUGGUGAAGUCACAGGAAGGCCAUCAGUAUGUCGUCAGAGAGGUCAAUAAAAACACAGAGGAUGUUUUCACCGUGAAUGAAAUUCUCAAAAGCCUGCAGCAUCCCCAUAUCAUUGGACAUCAGAAGUCAUUUAAAGAUGGUGGUACAUACUAUGUGUUGGUGGACUACUUUGAAGAAAAUGUGUCCAAAAAGAUGAAAGCCAAGCAAGAACGCGGGGAACAGUUUUCAGAGGAAGAGAUUAUGGAUUACUUUGUCAAGAUUUGCAUGGCAUUGAAGCACUUACACUCCAGCAACACUGUUCACAGAGACCUAAGACCUCAGAAUAUUCUCUUCACUGAGUUUGGAACUGUGUGUUUGGGUGAGCUUCCGGAAAUCAAAGAAAGAGCUGGUGUAAAGAGUGACUCUACAGGGGAACUAACUAACAUCCCCCCUGAAAUCCUAAAGGGAGAUUCAUAUCAUGACAAGAGUGAUAUUUGGUCCUUGGGCUGUCUGCUCUAUGAAAUGUGUAUGAUGAAGAGUCCAUUCACAACAGAGAGUGCAGUGAAUCUGGUUCCUAAGAUCCUGAGUGGUUCUUACGAGCCUCUCCCAGAGACCUUCUCCAAGUCCCUCCACCAGCUCCUCAGCGACGUCCUGCAGACCGACCCGGAACUCAGGCCCUCUGCACAGGAGAUUCUGUGGAGACCAUUUGUCAUCGCCCUCCUCACAGCCCAGAGUGAGCGGACGGUCGCUGAGCUCCAGGAGAGCCUGCAGAAGCUGAGGACCCUGGCUGACGGUCUGGAGAAGGUGCACUUUGGCACCACUGUGGGCAGUCUGACUGGCGGGGUGAUUGGAGCAGCUGGAGGCAUCACCUCCAUCGUGGGCCUCAUCUUGGCUCCCUUCACUCUGGGUGCCUCUCUGAUCGUGACCGGGGUAGGGGUCGGCAUUGCAGUCGCUGGUGGUGCGACCGCAGGAGUCUCCAACAUCACCAACAUGGUCAACCAGUCCACCGACCGCUACAAUGUGAAGAACAUCAUCCGUGAAUUCCAGGAGAAGAUGAACUCGGUGGUGGUCAGCCUCCAGCACAUCUGUGAAGGCCUGGACGCCCUGAGUGUCUCGGGAUCAGCUGAGGGUGGGAAUGGUUCUGGCACGGGGACAGGGAGCGUGACCAAGGCAGGUGUCAGGAUGGGGCGAGGGCUGGGGGCCAUCCCCGAGCUCGUGAGGCUGGCACAGGUGGCAAACUUGGGCAAGGUGGCAGCACAGACCGCCAGGGCCAUCCGCGUGGCGGAGGUGGCCACCGGCAUUUUCUCCGCCUUCUUCCUGGCAGUGGACGUCUUCUUCAUCGCCAUGGACGCCAAGGAGAUCCACAACAUCCGGCAAGCGAGGGCAGAGAAGGCCGCCUCAGAUGACCCCGUCCGGCUGAAGAUGCUGGAGGUCGCCGGCGACACCGGGGGCGCUAUGGAGCUCAUGGACACGGACACCGUGGAGCUGCGAGAGGCCGACUCCAUGACUGAGCUGCAGCCCGGUGCGGCAGGGGAGGCCAAGCCGGAGGUGAAGUCGGAGACCAUGAGGUUCGUCCUGCAGAUCAGGGAGACAGCUGCCCAGCUGCAGGACAGCCUGGAUGAGCUCAGUGACAUCAUCACCUUCAUCCCAAAGGUUGAGGCCUUCAGCCUCUGAAUCACCCACAUGGUGAUAUGUUUCCAUAUUGGCCAUUUCUUUGGGGGGUUGUGCGGGAUGCAAAAAUGUGCGCAUACACCUGCAUACAUUUUUGUUAAUUGGUCUCUUGGACUUUUGAGGAUGCUAUAGGGAUGUAAGUGUAGCGCAUGAAUGUGAACAAGGGAUGUGUAACAGAAAUAGCUACAAAUCAUUAUUAUUGGCUUAAUCAUACUGUAAACUUUUAUGAUUUUUUUUUGUCAUAGAACUGUCAGGAGUUUACAUUGACAAGUGGAAAUAUUUCUCAUGUUUUAAGAAUACUCUUCAUAGCUAUCCAGGCAUGAAAUGCCAAAAAUGGGUUCACGUAUGAUGUUGAGUUACAUUUGUUUUUGUUUGUUUGUUUGUUUGUUUGUUUUUAUCAUAUUCAUAUUAACAGCAGCACUAAAUUGCACACACUUUUAGUGUUUUAACACUCCUCUUCACUGUAAGGUUUGAUUUGUCUUGAAGUGACAUCAUCUUAAGAAUGUGCUGCUGACUUUGUAUGCUUCAAACUUGUCCUUCAUGGUUUAGCUGAAGGUAAUACAUAUGAGUUCAUCUACUGUAUGCACCAGUCAGGUGACCACAUGAUAUUGAACCAUAACCAUAACCAUUGUCACCAUAACCAUAUUCAAAAAGAAGGGUGUACUGUAUGUGCCCAGAGUUUGAUAUCUUUGACUAAAUAUCAUUGUAGACAGCCUAAUACAGCAAGAUAAAGAUGUUUAGGAUUGUUUCUAGUUGACUGGUUAAUUUUCAACUGGACUGGAAUGAAUAACAUCAUAUUUACUAUUUGACUUUACUGGAAAUGUGUUGAUGAAAAGUCCAAAGUAGUUCUCAUUGCCAAUCUUAUUACAGUAUAUGCCAUAAAAUGAUUGACCUCAUAUCUCAGAGCCACUAAGCACCUUAACAGACAUAUUACCAGGCGUCCCUAUACUUUGCCAAGCCUCUGGAACCUGAGCACAGAAAGGAGAGGUAGCCAUGUUUCAGGCCCUCGGGUCUCUGUGUUAAGGUGACAUGUUGAUGUCUGACGUCUGUCUGAACUUGUAUGUUGUGAGUAUGUCUCCUAGUAGCUUCACCAGUAGAAUAGAAUAAAAGUCAAGGCUGCUUCCCUCAA